ACUUGUGCGGUCGCUUCGGGGACGGACUGACGGGGAACGUUCACCAGGAGGAGGGAAAGAGAAAACACAUAAAAUCAUCAGAUAAAAUCUAUUAGAUUGUCAAAAUAACACAACAUCUGGACAGAUGAUGACUUAAACCGGGUGGGGGGGAUUCAAAUCACCAACAAUGGCCAAUACAGGUAGGUGCUGCGCCAGUCUGGAGCAGCCCAAGGCCCUGAUGAAGAUUGGCCUGAGUAUGGUGCUUGUAGGACACGUCAACUUCCUACUGGGGGCGCUAGUCCACGGGGCUGUGCUGCGACACAUCAACCUGAACACACGAGCCCACACCAUGGCGUACUCCAUAUCUAAUAUAAUGGCACUCACUACUGGACUAGUGGGUGUUGUUGUAGGAAUGCUGGCCAUCCUCCUGUCUAAAAACAAGAAGAGCAGAGUGCUGACAUGGUCGUUGUUCGUGGUCAGCCUGUUUGGUAGUCUCCUGGCCACAGGGUCUGCGAUUGGCCUCACCGUUUCUGUGGUGAGGGUCACAGUUAAUGGUAGGCGGAGCCUCCUGACUCACUGCCGGUUCCCCAACGCUAUUGGCUACGCCAGCAUCACUAACGAGUGCCCUUUCGACCACACACGCGUUUAUAGCAUGACACUGAUCCUGUGGGUUCCUCUGAUCGUGAUCUGUAUUGUCCAGCUGGUCUUGUCAGUGCGGUGUUUCUCUCUGUGUGUUUCUUUCCUGGGUCUACCCUGCUUCCCUCGCAAGAUCAGGCUCAGGGACCACGGUCGAACGAUAAAUACAGUAGCACCCGCAGAGCCGCCCUCUCUCACUAGCUCAGUACCCGGUCAUCCCCUUCAUCUACACCUUCUUCAGUCGGACCCGUCUCAUCUCAAGUCCCAGCGGCAGCCUCUUCCUCCUCCUCCUCCUCUUCAUCACUCGAACCCGUCUCAUCUCAAGUCCCAGCGGCAGCCUCUUCCUCCUCCUCCUCCUCUUCAUCAAUCGGACCUGUCUCAUCUCAAGUCCCAGCGGCAGCCUCUUCCUCUUCCUCAUCAUCUUCAUCACUCGAACCCGUCUCAUCUCAAGUCCCAGCGGCAGCCUCUUCGUCCUCAGCAUCAGACUCAGAGAGGAAGUUCAGACAGGUGGUCUGACGGGGGGCAGCUGGUUCCCCCAGAGGAACAUAAGCUGCUGGAACAAGGUUUCUGGAUAUAAUGAUGAUGACGAUGAACACCCAGAUACGGCUCCAUACCCCGUCUAUAUAAUCCCUAAUCCAGAUACUGCUCUAUACCCAGUCUAUAUAAUCCCUAACCCAGAUACGGCUCCAUACCCCGUCUAUAUAAUCCCUAACCCAGAUACGGCUCCAUACCCCGUCUAUAUAAUCCCUAACCCAGAUACGGCUCCAUACCCCAUCUAUAUAAUCCAUACCCCAUCUAUAUAAUCCAUACCCCAUCUAUAUAAUCCCUAAUCCAGAUACGGCUCCAUACCCCAUCUAUAUAAUCCCUAACCCAGAUACGGCUCUAUACCCCGUCUAUAUAAUCCCUAACCCAGAUACUGCUCCAUACCCCAUCUAUAUAAUCCCUAACCCAGAUACGGCUCCAUACCCCGUCUAUAUAAUCCCUAACCCAGAUAUCAAAUCAAAUCAAAUCAAAUUUUAUUUGUCACAUACACAUGGUUAGCAGAUGUUAAUGCGAGUGUAGCAAAAUGCUUGUGUUUCUAGUUCCGACAAUGCAGUAAUGCAGUAAUGCUCCAUACCCCGUCUAUAUAAUCCCUAACCCAGAUAUGGCUCUAUACCCAAUCUAUACAAUCCCUAACCCAGACACAGCUGAGGAAUUCAACUACAAAAUACUAGUCUUCUCCCAUUUUUCAAACCAUUGGCCCAACCCACAAGGUGUAUAAACAACAAUAAAUAAGAAUAAAACAAGAUAGAUACAA